GGCAGGGAUGGGGACAAAAGUCGAGGCUCAGACUGGGGGGACGCGUGGGGGGGUGUGUCCGGUGAGUCCCGCCCCCCUCUCUUCCUAUUGGCUGCCGGCGGCUGUCACUCAAGCGCGCCCCCUUUUAAAGCGGAGUCGGCGCGGAGCGGCGCAGAGUGGCGGAUGGCGAUGAGCGCGCGCAGCCCCGAUGCAUCCCCGCGUCCUACGGAGGCACCCGGAGGGCAGCAGGAAGCCAAAGCUGCCGACCCCAAAAGGACGGAGGAGGAGGAGGAGGAGCUGAUCGACAUCGAUCUGAGCGCACCCGAAACGGAGCGGGCGGCUCUCGCCAUCCAGGGGAAAUUCCGCCGUUUCCAGAAGCGCAAAAAGGAAUCGGGACCCUAAAGAACGACCCCCCUCCCCCAUCGCCCCUCCGACCCCAUUAUUCGCAUAGGGGCUGCAGCCCCAUCCCAC